AUGGAAGCUUCCAAGACUAAUAAUUGUGUCACUUCGAUGGCCAUAAAGGGAGACAAGCGACGGUCUUUAUUAGGCCAAUAUUUAUUAAAAAAAUACGAGAAGCUUAUAUCAACUGAUACUGGUGUUGUUAAUGGUAGGGAUCCAGAGCCGUACUCAAAUCUUGGGUUGGUCACGAAUAUAGCCGGUUCGUUCGUCGAUGCCACUUUGGAGAGGCUUAAAGGUGGUAAAGAGGUGCCUGGAAGGACCUUAGAGGAAGAUCUAGAGGAAUUUGCACUACAGGAAGGGUUGAGAAGGAAUUCGGAGAUGUUCUGGAAGGAUGAGAACUUUCGGAAUGAGUAUGAGAUUGGCGGUGAGAGCGAUGACGGACAAUUUGAUAUAGGCCUCAAGAGUGGGCAAAUUCUUGGAAUGAAAUUCCAUGACCAUGAACAUUUUAUUGAUAUAUUGCUUGAUAAGGUAAUAAGUGCUUUGCUCCCUGAGGAAUUGCCAGAGCGGGAACAAUUAACGCUGAGAGUGAAUGAGGCUGGGCGGAAGAAGAGCCAGCAUAUUUCAGUCAUGACGAUUUCCAGGAAUUUCAAAAUUUUGACGUCUAAGAUGGCGCUAGUAUUUGAGUUCCAGGAUUCUGUGAUAAGGCUGAUAACCUGGAGGUCACCUUCGAGCACAAUUUUGAUUCUAAUGUUACAUACGUUUAUAUGCUUCAACCCCAUGCUUCUUCCAGUUUUUGCCCUAUCGUAUGUGCUAUUUGGACUCAUGGUCACAGGAUACCUUCAUCGACACCCAUUGAGACGUAGCUACUAUCUUUCAAAACAUAGCUAUGGCACUUCGUUGCUUGAAGCGGUGUUUUCGGGUGGUAAACGUACAACUUGGCACGGGCACGAUAACGUCCAUGAGCACGACUACAGCAAGAUACCUACAGAAUGCGAUUGGCAAAAGAUGCAUAACAUCCAACAUGCUGUGGAGUUCAUUGUUAACUUGCGUGAUUUACAAAACUUGAUGUCUUCCAUUGUGUUGGUCACAGAGAAGUUGGAGAUGUUUGUAUAUGGUGAAGCGGGCUUCAAGAAUGAGCAUAGAUCAACUAUUUUAUUCCUUAUGGGACUUGUUCUGUUAACACUGCUAUGGUUUUGCUCGCCACUAAUGAACUGGUCGAUAGCAGCCGCGGUAUUGGCGUGGGGCACCAUGAUAGUAAUUCAUCCUAAGGUGCUACCCCGCUUGAGUGCACUUAUCGACGAAGAACAAAUCGAGCACGGCAAAGCAGUUGUUCAAAAUGCAGAAAGAUACGACAUCAUUUUGGAUGAGGCUCCCGAGGUACAGUACCUAGAGUUAUUUGAAAUUCAUAAACAAGGGCUGAUGCCACAUCAAUGGGAGUUUUACAUAUACUCAUCGUACAUCUUCGAUCCACAGGAUAAGUAUAGGAAGCAACAAGCACCACCCCCGGGAGUGCUCGAUUUGGAUCAAGUUUGUCCCCCACCCACUUGGUCAUUUGACAAGAACUCAGAUUGGGAAGUUGACUACAAUGCCAAGGCCUGGGCUAAGGAAAGGGGCUUAAAUUUGGAAGUAAAAAACGAAUAUGUUGUUGACAGGGCAUUCAAACGUAGAAGGUUAACAAGGAAAGUUCUUAGGUAUGCAAAUUCUGCGCGUAGGCCCUCUUACCGCUGA